CCUCCCUCCUCCCGUUUCCCUCGCUUGCUUUUAUCUUCUGAAUCCUGCCGCUUGCAGGAGCCAGAUCCUGCUUUAUCUGUGCGUGUGGCGGAGCUGCUUGGCAGUAGUUCAGUUGUCGAGGCGGGAAGGUGGUGGUGGUGUGAAGGUACAGCUUUCACACAGCUUAAGCUGCGUUUGGCAGGCUCUGCAAAGCCCUCACCUUUACCUCUAAGCCGCAGGCGUGAAAGGUCCGUUGGCGCUUCUCGCGUCUGGAGCUGCUGCUGCUGAAUGCAGAAGAGUGGCAAGCAGGCAGGAUGGUCAUCCGAGUGUUCAUCGCAUCUUCCUCUGGCUCGGUGGUGAUAAAGAAGAGGCAGCAAGACAUUGUUCAAUUUCUGGAAGCCAACAAGAUUGGCUUUGAAGAGGUGGAUAUCACCAUGUCCGAAGAGCAAAGAAGAUGGAUGUAUAAAAAUAUUCCUCAAGAGAAGCAGCCUGCACAAGGCAACCCGCUGCCGCCUCAGAUCUUUCAUGAUGAUCAGUACUGUGGCGAUUAUGACUCGUUUUUUGAAUCCAAAGAAAGCAACACCGUCUUUACGUUCCUUGGGCUGAAACCUAGUUUGGCAUCAAAGGAGUCGGAGCCUUAGAAAAGGUCCCUGAGGAAUGAAGAAGAAUGUUACUUGGGUCAAUGAAUUCCUUGAUGUUCAGCACACAGCAGCUUCCCUGGUGGAUCACUGUGAUACAAGCCAAUAUGCACCAUCAAUAUUUUGCUUGACACUGAAGAGGUGAAUUUAAGACAGUGGACACACAAUGGGGUCAAUGGUGGGGGGUGUUCUUCUUUCUUUGCAAACAUACUUGAAGUUGAUGCUGGGGUCUGUGUUCUAGCUAGCACUGAUGAUUCAUUUGAAUGAUGGCACAUUCUCAGGACGAAAGAUGGGCAACAAAUCUGAUCAUACAGUGUGUAUUGUCAGACAUUCAGAUGUUUAUCGUCUCAUAGGCUGAGAGUUACAACAGACAUGACCUAUUGUUCUUGGACACAGUCAAACAUGCAAAUAAACAAUGUUGAGCUGCAAAGAUCUCAGUCCAAAAUGCCUCCCCUUCCCAACAACAUUUCUGUUUCUCGAAUACUUGCUUAUUUUGUGGUUUCUCCUAAAAUUUGCUGUCAGUGUGGCCUAGAGUAUCCUUCACUUGGAAAAAAUAAAACCCAAAUCUUGCAUCUCUUCUAGUUGGUGUGCAGCAAUAGGUGUUAAAGGCACAAACCUUCCUGCAUGUAAGCUGAAAUUCAGCACCAUUGAUUUUGCUUUAAAUUGCAAGUGGCCUUGGGGAGGGGGGCAGAGUUGGCAAACACGUUUUAAAAUGACGCGUACAACAAAAUUUACCUUAACUCUGUAAAAAAUACCAAGUUUGUCAUUUUAAAAUAUAUUGCAUCUGACAAAUUUUUUAUAUUUAUAAAUCAUAGAUAUUCUUUUACCCAACAAGCAGUUUAUUACCUAUGAUUCCCAUUGCUCUCAAUGGGAUUAAGUUUGGAUCAAAGGCUAAAACAUAGCAUUUUGUCAUCUUUGAUCAGAUCCUAUAAAAGUACUUAAGCCCCAAAUUACGCAGAUUAAUAGUUCUGUUGCCUUAAAGAUAGAGAGCAUGGAAGUGUUCUUGAAGAUGGAAACAUUAUUUUCUGUUUUUAAAUGUGUCACUUUAUAUGACUAUACUGGAUUAGGCUCGUGUGUGUACCACCUUCCAGUAGUGAUCCAUAAGUAGCUGUUCUUGACAGUAAAGCCCUAUUCGGAUGUUAUGUAGUAUCUGCAUUCAGAUGUCUAUACACACAUACAUGUUUUCAUGUGAAUGACUGUAUUCAUAUUCAUUUUGAAAGUGAAUCUAGGUACAGGUUCCCUCAAAUACAUGGUACACAUAAGAAGUGUACUGUUGUAACUGUGUUGCACAUAACAUGUGAAUGACUGUACCUCUGUACAGUCUGUACCUAUGUAUGAAUAGGUCUUAAAAGUAGCAAAUUCUAGCCCCCAGUGGUAUAUCCGCAGUGCAUCUCAGUGAAAGGUGUGAAACUGAACAAUAACUGAGUUUUUAAAGGACAGUUUAUCAACUGGAUAACUUAGUUUAAUCAUAAUUGCCUUCUGGAGUCCCAAUACCUUGUUAAAACAGCACCCAUCAAUCACUGUGAUAUCUUUUCAAACAUUCAGCUGCCUGCCAAAGCAGUUGUAUAAUGCUCAUUUGUGUGUGUGUUGGCUAAAAACUGUUAAUUAAAAUUUGUGGCAGCUUGUUUGGGCACAUCUCCACCAUUGCCCUUGGCUUUUUAACAAAUUAUGUGUAACAGAAGGCCACUCAGCUUUCCCGUUGUCCACUUACACUUCCUACAUCCUGGCGUACUGCUAUAAUAAUGGGAAGAACUAACCGCCUAGAGCCUUUGGAGUCAGGCAGUAUAUAAAUUAAAUAAAUUAAAAAUGUCAGAGUUAUUGAAUAUAUAGAUCCAGAUCCUCUGUUUCUAAUUUGUAAUUGAAAGCUCUAUCUAAGAACAUCUUCAGGGUUUCACUUUGUGGAUUAGCUUUGUUUUCAAUACCACCCAGAAUUAGUCCCUUGCAAUAACUUGAUAAAAUCUGGAUUUUCAAGUGCAUUAUUUUAUACAUGAACUCCUGUGUGUCAUUACAGUAAAUCUUAUAUUGUGGGGAUCAUGUAGCUAACUUAAAAUUUGGAUCAUCAUCUGAUUUACAUUUUUUGCUGCUGCCCAAAAGAAACUUAUGACAACUCUAGGAAAGACUCUAGUUGAGUUGUGCUUAACCCUAAGUUAGUUAUGACCAACACAAGUUCCAUUCAUGUCUAUUAAAUAUGAGCAUGACUAACUUCCUUUGGGAUGGAAACAAAGGCUUUAUGUCAUGAUAUGCUGUAGGUGCAGUUUCUCCAUUUGCUUACACAGAGCUUCCCCAUUUAUUAGGGCUUCCUUUUUAAAUUUGGUUAAGUUGCUCCUUUGUGUGAACAUCACCGCCUGUAUGAGCCUCAGCAUUGGGGCAGUAAAAUAGUUCAAAAUAAAAAGAGAGUUACAAGCCACCCUGGAUCAACCAUUAAUGGACAGAUUGGCCAACAUCCUCACUAAUAGGUGUGCAGGAUGACAUUUGUGUUCCGUUCCGAGCUCGGAACGGAACACAAAUGCCCAGAACAUUCAGUCGGAACAACCAGGUGAGCUGCCUUUUUCCAACGAAAUGAGCUCGGAACACUUGAAAUGUGUUGAGUGCCAUUUUGGACUCCAGAAUGUCAUUCUUCUGACCUAUGCACAUGUGCAGCAGCCAUUUGCAUGGUGGUGCUGACCAUGCAUGCACAGCGGCCAGAAGAGCACCAUUUUGGAGUCCAAAAUUGUGCUUGGAACAAGCCCUUCAAUUGAAGGGCAUUCUGUUCUGAGCUUGGAACACUCAAAACGGAACAUUCGAGCAUGGAAUAUUCUGUACAUCUCUACUCACUAACUGUGCAGCCACUGAAAAAUAUGUCUCCUAGGGCUGUGUAGCCCUCAGGGACAGGUUUCUGGGUGCUGCACAGCUCUUAUAGGGCAAGGAGAGAUCAGCAAAUAUCUCCUUCCCUUGUGUGAAACUCUCUGCAGCAAAGAUACUUCUCUUUGCAGAGCCACCUACUUAGUGAGGAUAUUGGCCACUUACAUGGUGGUGCUGACUAUGCAAAUAGAUCCCAUACCCAUACGUGCACAGAAGCCAAAAGAGCACCAUUUUGGAGUCCUGAAUGGUGCUCCGAAUGGGCCUUUCAUUUGAAGGGUGUUCUGUUCCGAGCUUGGAACACUCGAAGCAGAACGUUCCGCAUAUCCCUACUUGUUAACUGUGCAGUCACUGAAAGAUAUAUCCCCAAGGGCUGUGCAACCCUCGGGGACAUGUUUUUGGGUGCUGCAAGUCACUUCUAGAACAAGGAGAGAUCAGCAAAUAUCCCCCUCGUGUGAUCACUGCUGCAGAAAUUCUCUGCAGCAGGGACACUUUUCUUUGCGGAUAGUGAGGAUAUUCGCCAUUGAAAGGAAGCUGAAGCUCUGACGGCAGAAUACAGGUAAAUAUUAGGUGAGGUUGGACCCCAUUUAACUAUUCAAAGCUCAGGGAAGCUUCAAAACCAGUUUGAUAUGGGCUGGAAUAGGGUGGGGACAUGACUCUGCUCUUUUGUAUGCAUGCCCUCCACCCUAGUUUAGAUUGUUAAACCUCUAGUAGUUGUGUGCAUGAAAGCCCCAGAGCAUGCUUGAAGUAGCUCUUUGGAUUUCAGCCAAUUUUAUUUGUAAGCAAUACUUUACAGGCAAAAGGCAGAUCAUUUAUAGUGUCUUAAUGUUUUGGUUGAUGGGGGGGAGCAUAUUCCUAAUUAUCCUCGAAUGCAAGUCUAGGUCAAAAUGUGCCCUAUUUUCAUGCCUAUAUCAGUUCAAUAAACUCACUGGUGAAUGCAGUUUGAUUUUUUAAUUCAAAGCUUGCUUUCAUUUUUAUAUUAAAGAUCUUUAAGAUAGUUGAA